UUAAUCGGAAGUCGACUUACCUAUCCACAACAUCGAUUGUUUGCCACCUCUAAUAAGGAAUACUGCAACUACCGAAUUAUAUUUUUUAUGAUUAUUGUUCUAUCUGAAUAUAACCUGGCGUUUUAAUUCCUAGAAAUCGCCAUCUUUGCCCUUCAACAAGGGUUUCGUUUCAAAGUUCUAAAAAAAAGGAUUAUUGUCAUGGCUGACCGACUUACUCAGCUACAAGAUACUGUUAAUAUGCAAGCAGAGCAUUUUUGCAACGCGAUUGGCAUAAUACAACAGACUUCUUAUCCGAGCAAGUUUCCUAACUUUGAUCGAACGGGUUCGCAGACACCUAUCCAAAAUUCUAACUCUCAGCAAGAGGAUUAUGCGCAGCUUUUUGCACAGCUCAUUUCUCGAUGUGCCAAAGAUAUAGAUACUCUUAUAGAGUCAUUGCCAAAUGAUGACAGUUCCAUAGAAAUGCAGAAUCAGAGCUUGAAACGUCUUGAAGUCGAGAAUCAAGAAGCUGCAGAACGUUUAGAAGAAAUAGUUUAUAAGGGCGAGCUUCUAUUGGAAAAAAUUCAAUCGGCUUUGGAAGAUAUUGCACAAGCACAGUUAGAUAUGCAAAUAACAAUGAAAGAUAGUGGUUUUAAGAAGUAGUUAAAUAUAAAUACUUUAGCACAUACAAAUACUUUUUGUCGUCUGUAAAUUGGAAAUCUGAGUUAAUUGUAUUCUUAUGUGGGUUGUCAAUAAACAAAAAUGUGUCUUUUGCACGAACACCAGUAAA